GAUUCAUUCCCAUUUGAUUGCGCGUGAAACGAAUGUUGAUGCCUGUAGCAAACUUGACGAAUAUGUCAAUUCAAUUUAUUCAGAAAAAGAAUUUCUUAAUUAUUCAGAUGUAAAAGCUUGUUAUGAAUCGACUCCUUACAAUAAAGAAAAUGCAACUAAGGUGAUAGAGACAGUUAAAGAAUAUCUCAAAGGAUUCUAUGCAUAUUUGGAUCAAGCAAAAGAAGAACCAAAUCCUGGAUUUACAUUUCGACCAAUUGAUAUAAUAUCUGAAUUAGAUUUGAUAUUAAAGAAUAAUUAUUCAUACGAAUAUCAAUUCAUAUAUGACGUUGAAAAUCUUAUCGGGGAAUUGAGAGAUGGACAUACCAUACUCAUUUCUGAUUUAUAUAAUAAGUACAGGUUUUAUCAAGGGCUUUCCAUGUAUUCUGUGAUUAAGAAAGAUGGCACGCAGCAAAUUAAAGUUUUUAAUGACAUAAAAGAUCCUAGCACAAUUGAUUGUCAAGUCAUAUAUAUCGAUGACAGACCAGCAAUUAAUGUGAUUACUGAGUUUGCUAGAGAUCACACAACUUGGUCAAGAGAUUUGAGUGCUCGAUUUAAUUCAGCCCUUGCAUCUCUCGUCUUUGGAAAUGGUGAUUUUUCUGUUUUUGGACAACUGUUCUCGUCUCGUAUUCAAUUACCAAAGAAUCCAAGUAUUUCUUAUACACUUAAUUGCAAUGAUAAAAUAUCUAAAAUUACUCGAAAAUGGCUUGUUCCUAUUAGUUCUAGUAUUAUUUCACAAUAUAAAUCUCCAUACAUUAGUGAAACUUCAGUUGGUAAAGCGACAUUGAUUUUUGAUGCAUUCAUUGCCAGAUUUUAUAAAUUACAAGAUUUUGGCGUAGUCUUGAUUUCAACUGAAACUAUAUCAAAUAAUGUUUAUGAUCUUCUACAUCGCUUUAUGUCUGACAUAGCUAUUGGAUUUAAAUUACUUGCUGAUAAAGGUAUAAAAAAG